AUGGGAGACUCAAGCGCUUCAGAUGCUGGGGCGCAUGUGUCCUACGACGCGCUUGCCUCGCUUCUUGGAGUCAAGGGUCCUCUUCGCCUGGUGCCUCAAGGCUCAACGCCAAAAGCACACGUCGUAAUCAAACGAGACUACAUUAGAGAGAAAUCAGACUCAGGUGAAUCCUCUACGAGUAUAGCGCGCUUCAGUUUUAUUGCAGGGAAGAAAUUCGCCAUCAACAAGGGACAGCCACUACUGUUUGCGGUGGCCGCGCCAACAGAUCAAGAUGGAAAGACUCUGCUAUGCGACGACAAUACCUUCCUUCUAGAAGCGGAUGUUGCGAGCGUUUCUGAUGACAAUGGCGAAGAAGACAUUGGGAAUAUUUUAUCCAAAAAGGAGCAAAAGAAAGAGCAGGGCAAUGUAGGUGGUCUUCCGCCGAAAAUGCGAAAGAGUUACUCGAGGAAGACGUCAUAUGCGAGUUAUAUCGAAAACGAACCGCCAUCUUCUAUUGGAUUUCUUGGAUACCCAUUGGGCGCGCCUACUCCGCGCGUCUACACCUCCGCCUCAGUACAGACCGAAACCCGUUCUCCCCCAUCCCCUUCACCUGCAUUCGGAACCGCACCUCUCGAAACCAUACGUAGUCCUUGUAUUCCACUUUCCAUCAUUGACAUUGUCGAGCAGUCGCCUGUCCAACUACCCUCACCUGUAUCUGCCGAUCAUGCUCGUGAGCCGACCUCAGAAUCUUUGACCCAAAUUGAAGGCGAAGAAAUGGAUGAUUUCUCGCGCGCAGAACGCAGCCUUUCGCCCAUGGACUUAAGUAGCGCGAGUUGUUCUCCAGCUAAUUCCCCUCUCCCAAAACACGAUCCUUUGCCGGAUGAAACGACUCCAAACCGCUCCGAAAGAGAAUUUCUUUCCUUUGAAUCUCUUGCUAGAGAUGUGUCUUCAGGGCCUCAUGCACAAGAUGAACCCAUUCCUUGUCCUCCUGGUGAAGCCAUACCUUCUGGUUCUUUGCUAUGUAAUACGGUCUCUCCUUUGUUGUCACCAAUACACCCUCCAUCCAUUCUGUCCCCACCUCCUUUACCCUCUCCCUCUCCGGCAGCCUCUAUCAUUACGUCAACCAACCCCUCGAGUAAUAUCUCAUUCGACAACCUAUCUGUGGAAACCAUUCCCCCAACUACGGUCAGUGACAAAUCUAGGUUAGAAAAUGUAUCAAUGCAUAUUCCGUCUGUGAACGUCAUAUUUUCCACAACACGUCUUCCUUCUGAGCAGCCUUCGUCGUCUCUGGAGAAUGGUAGCAUCCCUCCCUUUUUUCACAAGUUUUAUACCACUAAGGAUCAAAUUAUAGAUUACAGAGGUCUUGAAGUACAAGAUGAAACCAAAGUCCUUGACGAGGUACCUAUCGAUGAGAAGACUGUUCAAGAGACACAGAAUGAGAGGACUGUCCACGCAAUUCUCAAGGAAUCCAGUUCGAAUGUGUCAAAUCCCGUCAACAAACAAUCAGCUGAGAUGAAGGCGGUUCCACAAGCUGCAAUGUCCCAGGAGGAGGUUAUUUCACAUUCAAAGAAAACUCCACCUACAACCCCUAAUGCUGUGGCUUCGAGUAGUAAGAUGACCGAAGAUUGGUCAACUGUUGACCGUGAUUCUUUGACACGAAACCCAGGCGUCCCUAUCAAUUUACGAGCCAUGCGUUCUGCACAUUCUCAAGAAAAAGCGCCAGAUUUGCUACCUACGCCAUUAUCCUCAAGAGUUUCUGCUUUACCCAUUCAACCCAGAAAUUCCUCGCCUCCACCUGACCCGAAAUCUCUGGCAUAUAUUCCUUCUGGGUCUUCAACCAAUCCUCUUGGAAUUCGACCUUCCUCUGGGCGCAUUCUUCCUAUCACUUCGCAGAAAUCGGUCCCCAAAGGCCCGCGAUCUCUUGUAGGUCCCGCUCCACCAACGCAGCAGCCCAAAAAACCGGUUGUGGUUGGUGCAAAAUGGUCAGCAGCGAGAAGUUCUGGCUCCAGCUCAAAUGCAUUACAUGGUAAUGUCUCUACAGCAACUAACUCUUCCACGAUACCAGCAACAUCUACGACCUCGUCUCAUACCACUCCGACCUCUUCAUCGGUGAAAAUAGGACUAUCGCACAUCAUGCGUUAUGCAUCACCCUCACCGCCUCCUCCGCAGCCUGACCAUCCACCUCCUACACCACCCGUACCUCCUCAAACUGGAUUAGUGAAGUGGAAAAGGAUAUCGUGUGUUGACGAAAAACAAGCAAACGUACCUUCAUCCAUACCUUUGGAUCCCGAGUCAAGUAGUCAAGUGACACAAAUCUCGAAUGAAACCUUCCCUUCAUUACCUUCAAGUUCUUCUCUAAAACGGUCUCGCGAUGUGUUUACUGAAGAUAAUUCUCAACUACCUGAAAAUAGCAAAGGGCCAACUCCUAAGAAGGCCAGAUCUACUUCUCCUCUACCCCUUCCCCUUCCACAGUCCCAACCCACUCCCACUUCUAAUGACAAUACAUCACUGUUCAAAGUUCCGCCUGUCCUUUCUUCUCCAAUCAAGACUGCGAACACACCGCCAAAAGUCCCACAACCCAUGACUCACCCUUUACCACCAAAACCAGUCGCGACAGCCUCAUCGUAUCGUCCGCCAUCAGGGAAACGUGAGCGCAGUCUAGAGCCUGCAGAAUCAAAGCGACCGCCUCCUCGUACAGAUUGGCCAGCUACUCUUUCUAGCGCAAGCUAUCAAAUGCAAAGCAGUAGAUCGGGUGUGAAUGUCGGUAUACAGAGAAUCGUAUUUAGCUCAGAUGGGACUCAGAUCGCUGUAGUUUGCGCCGAUCGCACUCUGCGGAUAUGGGAAAACAAGCAACCUGCUGCUGAGGUUGCCAGGCUGUCCCACAAUACUGCUGUUGUUUGUGUAUGCUGGAUGCAUGCAGAUUCAGGCGUGCUGACAUUAACGGCGGACGGUAUGAUCAUGAAGUGGACACGGAACGGCAAGGAAUGGAAGUUCACCAAAUUGUUUCUUGUGUCAGAGGUAGCAAUGCUAGAUAUUCCCGUCUGUAUGGCAUACGCCAAGGAUCGCAUUGCUGUUACGACACCUUCUGGCGUUAAGGUGUGGAUACUUAACAAUGGAAGCUGGCAGUCUCAGCGUGACAUUGUUCGGUCAGGCGUAACUGCUAUCCGGUUUGUGUUCAAUGGAGACGCGCUUAUUGGAGGUUGCCGUGACGGAGUUUUAUGGUAUUCCGAAGUACCAAAUGGAACUCUCCGUGCCCAUGUUUUCUUCCCGUCCAAAAAACCCAUCACGUCUAUUGACCUGCCACCUACUGGUACCUAUCUAUUAGUUGCGCAAGAGGGCGGGCAAUGUCAUUUGGUAACACUGAAACCAAGUGAGAGCAAAGGCGUUAUCGAGCGAACAUAUACAUCGGAAAAGCUCCAAUCUCUCAAGCAGAAGAGUUUCCCCGCCGUGUUCGCCACCAGGGGCCAAGCAGUUCUCUAUGGCACCGUAAACGGAUGUGCGCUUGUGUGGGAUAGGAAGAAAGGAGUGAUUGUAUAUGGGCUUAAACAUCCAGAAGGCGACCUAAUACAGGCUGCAGCUACAUUUGACGGACGGCCUGGCGUGGAAGGUUUGAUGGUCACUGGGACGACUCAAGGACGACUGUUUUGGUGGCCGCAACCUGUUGCAGCAGCACCUAGUAGUACCCACAAUGGGACUGGGACGCGUGCGUUGAUUGUGUUGUAUGUUGUUUGGCAUUAUGCCACGGACAAGGCCGUGCUCCUUUACCAGAGCGAUCAAGUCGUUGCAACCAACGCCUUCACCAUCUGUGAGUUGCCUGCCUUUCGUCCUUCUUACCGUCUUCUACCCUAUGAAACACAGCCACGAGGCUCUGUUGCCACGCCGCCAAUGUCUUCAGGCGAUAAGAGACGGCUCAGAGGGAUAAAUCUCAUCAACAUGCAGACAAUUAAGUGUGUGGUCGUUGGGGAUGGUGCUGUUGGAAAGACUUGCCUGUUGAUCUCGUAUACCACAAAUAAAUUUCCUAGUGAAUACGUCCCAACAGUUUUCGACAAUUAUGCUGUCACAGUGAUGAUUGGCGAGGAUCCUUACACGUUAGGUCUUUUUGAUACCGCUGGUCAGGAGGAUUAUGACCGUUUACGCCCACUGUCGUACCCGCAGACAGAUGUUUUCUUGGUCUGCUUCAGCGUGACUUCUCCUGCCUCCUUCGAGAACGUGAAGGAGAAAUGGUUCCCAGAAGUGCAUCAUCACUGUCCAGGUGUACCUUGCCUUAUCGUCGGAACACAAGUCGAUUUGAGGGAUGAUGCUCAAGUGAUAGAGAAGCUGUCCAGGCAGAAGCAGAGACCGGUCACGAGUGAGCAGGGAGAAAGACUUGCACGGGAACUCGGAGCAGUCAAAUACGUAGAAUGUUCGGCUCUGACGCAAAAGGGUUUGAAGAAUGUGUUCGACGAAGCCAUUGUAGCUGCCCUGGAGCCCCCUGUUCUGAAGAACAAGAAAAAGAUGUGUCUCGUCCUUUAA